AUGAAAUUCUCUUCUGUUUCCGAGGAAAAACCAGGGCUUGUGGCCCCACCUGCCCAGCCCCUCACGAAAAUGUUCCAGGGAGCCUGGUUAUGUUGGGCCUCACUCCUGCUCCUGGUCAGGGUCACCCAGCCUUGCCCCGUGGGCUGCGACUGCUUCGACAGGAAGAUAUUCUGCUCAGAUGAGCAGCUGGCUGCUAUCCCCCUGGACAUCCCCUCACAUGUCACAGACAUUGUCUUUGUGGAGACUUCCUUCACCACGGUGGGGACCAGGGCUUUCAGCGGUAGUCCCAACCUGACCAAGGUGGUCUUCCUCAACACUCGGGUCCAUCACCUGGAGCCUGAUGCCUUUGGGGGACUGCCCAGGCUGGAGGACCUGGAGGUCACAGGCAGCCCCUUCUCCAACCUCAGCGCCAACAUCUUCUCUAACCUGAGCUCACUGGGGAAGCUGACCCUGGACUUUAACAGGCUGGCGGCUCUGCCUGAGGACCUCUUUCAUCACAUGGACACCCUGGAGUCCCUCCAGCUUCAGGGAAACCAACUGCAGACCUUGCCCGGGAGACUAUUCCAGUCUCUGAGGUAUCUGAGAACCCUCAACCUGGCUCAGAACCUCCUGACACAACUGCCGAAGGGGAUGUUCCAGUCGCUCAGCAGCCUGCAGAUAUUGAAGCUGAGUGACAAUAUGCUCGCCAGGCUCCCCGAGGGAGUGCUGAGCAAUCUGGGCAGCCUGCAGGAGCUCUUUCUGGACAGCAAUGCCAUCACGGAGCUGUCCCCACAUCUGUUCUCACACCUGCUCAGCCUGGAGAAGCUGUGGCUGCAGCAUAACGCCAUCCGUCACCUGCCGGUCUCCGUCUUCUCCUCUCUGCGCAACCUGACCUUUCUAAACCUGAAGGACAACGCACUGCGGACUCUGCCUGCCGGUCUCUUCACCCACAACCCAGGCCUGCUUCACCUGUCCCUUUCCUACAACCAGCUGGAGACUGUCCCCGAGGGCAGCUUUGCCAACCUGAGGAGGCUCGUUUCCCUCACGCUCUCCCACAACGCCAUCACCUACCUGCCUGAGAAUGUCUUCAGGAAUCUUGAGCAGUUGGUCAAACUCUCUCUGGACAGCAAUAACUUGACGGUCUUGCACCCAACUCUCUUUCACAACUUGUCCAGGCUUCAGCUCCUCAACUUGUCCAGGAACCAGCUGACCAUGCUCCCUGGGGGCAUCUUUGAUACCAACUAUGACCUCUUCAACCUGGCCUUGCUCGGCAACCCCUGGCAGUGUGACUGCCGUCUGUCCUACCUCACCAGCUGGCUCCGUCUCUACAACGACCGGAUCUUUAACACCCAUACUUUCUGUGCAGGCCCGGCAUACCUCAAGGGCCAGUUGGUGCCAAACUUGAAGCAGGAGCAGCUCAUAUGUCCAGGCAACCCAGGCCAGUUGGGGCUAGAUGACCGGGAGCCAGCGGGCAGCUGGGAUCUGGCCGUGGAGGGGAGGGCAGCUCACAGGCAGUGUAUCUAUGGCAACCGGGAGGGCACAGUGCUGCUUGCCUGCGAGGAGGCCCAGUGUCGCUGGCUGAACAUCCAACUGUCUUCCCGGGAGGGCUCAGACGUCACAGCAAUGGCCUACAAUUCCAGUCAGGAGUGGGAGUUGAGGUCAACCUGUGGCUCCGUGAGGGUCACUGUGUCUAUUGAGGCUCGAGCUGCUGGGCCUUAGAUGCAACAGAGAUUCGGAAGCCCUGGACCAGCGACCUCUUAGGGCAGAGGAAGCAGGAUGUCUGAAGCUAAUGUCCCUUAAUGUCACAUCUCCAGGUUAGAGAGGAGAGGGGCCUGCUUCAUCUAACAUCUUGUCUUCUGUCACCGUGCUCUGUUGGAGCCUCUGGCCUACCGAGGUCAUCCUCAAAUCUUCCAGGGUCCCCUUGAGAACCACACCAUGGUCUAGCACGAUAGUUCACAACCUUCCUAAUGCUGAGACCCUUGAACACAGUUCUUCUUGUUGUACUGACCCCCAACCAUACAUUUAUU